CAUUGAUUUGAAUGACUCAUUUGAAAACGUUGGAUUUUCUGACAUAGAUGUUAAUAUGGGACAUGAUACCCCAACGUUUCCUGCUAAUUUAGAUUCACCAAGUGGUCCUCAUAGUCAACCAAAUCAAUUAGGUGGGACUUCAGCGUCAAGAGGAACAAAGCGUAAAUCUCCUAUGAAUGAUUUUUUGGAGGCACAAUAUGAAAAACUUGCUUUGGGAAUUACUACCAUGGCCGAUGCUGUCAAAGAGGGUACUUAUCUGUCUAGCAAGCUACAUGACGUAGCUCAGAGGCAGGUUGAAUCAGCUGAGAGACAAGCUUCUGUGGCUGAGAGGCAAGUUUCGGUUGCCGAAAAACAAGUCUCGUUAAUUGAAAGACAAGUUGCAAUUGCUGAAAAAGGGUUGGCUAUUAUGCAACAAAGUAGGCCUCGCCUUUAUAGCGAAUCAGAUGUAUGGGAUAUGUUGUCUGAAUUGGGUCUGAUAGGUUCAGCUCGGAUGCAGUGUUAUCAGUUUUUAUGUGAAAAUGAGCAGAAAAAGCGCCAAAUCUUUGGGAUCCCACCUGAAAUGCGAUUGGAUGCUCUUUUUCAUUUCAUGACAGCUGCUGGUGUUCGCUUAGGAGAUAUGGUACUUUCAUAAAACAUUAACCAUUACAGGAAUCAUAACUUGAAAAUGUUUGGGAACAAGAAGGUCACAGCUUAGUACAAGUAAAAUUCGAUCUUGUGUUAAUAUUUUUGACUCGGAGAAACUUUAUUUUUUUGAAGUAGAUGGGUAC